GCCCCAGACUGCGCCGAGCAGGGCCAGCAGCGUCCGAGGGAAUUUCCCGCUCCCUCCCUCUCUCCCCCGCGCCCUUCCGACUUGCGCCGUCACUCACGCGGCGUGGUGGGAGGGGACGGUGGUGGGGCCGGUCCCGCACCUGCUCCGCCCUCCUCGGCGGGCUGGGGGGCGGGCGGUGGCCGCCUCGCAGCGCUCGCCCCGGUGGCGGGCGGGGCCGGUGGUUGGGGGUUGAUGAUUAACCUGCGGCCCGUUGAAUAUCUGCCUAAAGUGGCUCUCAGGGUGGGGUUUGACGUUGUCCGAGGCUCGGUACCUCGCGUGUGACUGCUUGAGACUUUGCGGCGGCCAGUUUAGCUGCUGACGCCGAAGCGCUGCGAGGAUGCGCAGUUCCCUGUUGAAAAUUCUGCUCUAAAUCUCAGCCUCGCAGUCGUUUUUGGAGGUUUCAUGCUCAAGAGGUCGAGAUGAUGUGGGGAUCUCGGCGGGUGUCUCUGCACCAGCAUCCUCGGGCUGCAGUAGCUCGGGUGCCUGUGGCUGGCGCUUGAAUCCAUGCUGGCCCCUUUCCCUCGGGCUGAGCUGCAAGGAGCUCAGCAGCUGCGGCAUUUAGUUCAAUUCCUUCAGAUGAUCUGUAAAUUUUCAAUAAUGGCAAUACAUUCAUUCUGCCGUUUGGAGGAGCCUGUGCCACAGCAUAAUGAUCUGAAGAAAGCUCACUUACUUGCAARGAAGAGUCUUCAUUUGGGAAUUAGCACUGAUGCAGCUCAGAGGUGCUUUUUCAAGUCUAGGGAUUCUCUAACUGGAAAUGGGUUUGGUGUUCCAACCAGCAGCGAAAUAAAUGAUAAUUUGGARGAAAACUCCAAACAAGCCAACUGCUUCUUAUCAGGCAGAUCCUUGACAUUCAGUGGGAUGAGAAUCUCAGAACUGACUACUGGGGACUCCCAAGCUACAGAUCAGGUGUGGGUUGCUUGUCAGAAAUCCGUUCCAAAGCUUGAGUGCAAAGGAAGCAGGGUACUAAUGAUAAAUAAGAAUGGAUAUCUUGAGGAUAACAAUCAAUAUGACAUCUUCAAAAACAGUGCCAUUCUGCCAAACAGGAGAAGAGACUGCAGACACAUAUUCCAGACCUAUAUUCCAAACAAGAAAAAGCAGAUAAGAGGCAACAACAUGACCUGAGAUUUAUGGAAAGCAAGCUUCUACAGAGAUUCCUUCAGAGGACAUUUUGCAGUGUUUCAGGAGUUCUUCAACCAAAUCGCUCUCAAGGUGCCUCUCUCUAUUUACUUCAGGGUAGGAUCUGUCCCCUCCAUCCCACUCUUGCUUACUUUAGACAUUUGAAAAUAGGUGAUGUGUAUAUAACUGCUUAUCACACAUUUUGCUCAUAGGGGCUGUACGGGCAUGUGUGAGGAGCCAUUUUAAUCUUGGUUUGCCUCAACACUGCUUGUCAGAGGCAUGUGGGGGAAGGGGUGCACAAGUGCAGCCUGCAGGAGGCAAACAGGAGAUGGGUGAAGCCUUGUUUCUGGGGGGAUUUUGCCUGGCACCACCUCAGAUGGCACCCGGAGACACUGCUCWCCCCAGAGACAUUUCUCCAGUYGGAUGGUGGAAGGGCUCCACCARUGGAARAAGCUUGGACUGGACCAAUGGUCUCCUGGUCAGCAGGCAGACUUUGGGAGGAGCCAGGGGGUAUAAAAAUCAACUGCGCCAUGAGCCUUGCUCGCAGAGUUUUGUGGGGGACUUUGCUGAGCUGGAGAUGGUCUUCUGUGUGGCUGGGGUUUUUUGUUGCUCACUGCUGGUGGGCUUGCUGCCUUUUUGUCCUGGCUCCAACCUGCCUGGAUUUUGCCCUCGCUAACUCUCGCUCACCCACCACCUAUCUGCCUUCCCUCCUGGGCGCUCUGCAGGGCACCGUCUGCCCUCCAAGCCUGCAGUGCAGCGUCUGCCUCGCCYCACUCCUUCGCUGACCCAGCCACCGCCUUUCCUGCUUGAACCACCUGCCUGCCUCCGACCUCGCCUGCUGCCAUGAUCCUCGCUUCGACUGCAUCCAGGGUCCUGGACCUGCCCGAGUGUCCACUCACCGUCUGUCCAGCAGCCCAUCGCCGCAGGAGCCGAAUUGCUCUCCCCGAGCUGCUCUCCCUCCGGCAGCAGCGCUCACCCCUGUCACGUGGAUGCCAACAACACCCCCUGGUCCUACUGGUGGUAACGCCCGCUCUCUCCCUCUGUCUCCUUUCUCUUUCUACCCGUUCCUUUUCCAUUUUCCUUUCUCUUUUGCUGUCUUUUCCAACCUCCUUUAGUGGGCAACUACUUCUUCUCUGUUUUCGUUACCAAUAAAUGGUUCUCAGAUACAAAGUUUGUCUCAGUUGACUUCAUUUUAUUCUUGACCAUCUAUUUUAAAAGAACUCCUCGCAGUUCCCCACAGUUGGAACGCGACAGCAUGUUAGUAAGCUGAAUGUCAGAGAAAGCUUUGAACAACAGCAAUGUUUUCAAAUAAUUAAGGGAGUUUCCAUAAAGUGUAAGGUGUAAGACAGAAAAAGGCACGGGAGGUUUGUUUGAAAACACACCACGUGGGUGUGAGAGGAGCUGAAAACUGGACUCCUGACACUGAAUGGUGGGUGGGAGAUAGGAAGGGAAGAGAUACAAGAAGCAUCCCUGAAUUUUGGGGUUUUUUAUCAGUAAAAAGUGGAGGGUUUUGAAAGUUUUUAGCCAAACACAACAUGAUAAUCAAAUUAGACAGUAUGUUCUAAUGGUGUUUUCAGCUUAUGUUUUAUGAAAAUUGGCCCAGCUUCUAACAUGAGCAAAUCACAGUUGUCUUCUUGACAAUGRUUAAGAAGAAAUAGGUGUGGUGGUGGUUGACAAUGAUUGGUCCUGAAUGUGAGGACAAUAGGUGUUGCAGUAGUCAGGAAGAGCUGUGGAGAGAGUGAUGUGUUCUCCGAGUGUUUGAUUAGGAAAAGGGUCUUUGCAGCAGUUUUCUGAGUGAAUGUGUGUGAUAUUAGGCUGUGCUUCUUGAAAGCAGAGAGAAAAAAUGUUGCUGAAUCAGAAAGCAGUGAGCAAAAUCUUGCUGAAUCAAAACAUGAUGAUGAUGAUUAGCCUGAUUGAAUACUUUAGCUGAUUGGGAGGAUUAAGAAAAAUACCAUCUUGGAAAUGUUGCAUUAAAAGUAUCUGCAAAUUAUGAAUAUUAAUCAUGGCAUUUGGAAUGUCUUUGGGAUCUAAAGUGAUGCUAGAGUUAUAUACCUAUCUGAGCAAUAGGCAGGAUAAUGGUGUAGCUGUACRUCUUCGUGUAUGUCACCAACAGUUAAGUGAUUCAUAGGAAAGCCAUAAAGAACUGUCCUCCAAUAUAAUUGUAUUCUUUGUUAUUUGAAGUUCUUCACUCCUACAAUUGCUUCCCACAUAAUAUUGUUCAGAAUAUUUCCCCACCUGCCACAAAGGACUGGACAUUAAUUGUUGGGUUUGAUAUGUAAUGUCACAAUGGUAUGCCUAGCAUGAAAAGAUGUCUUUUCAUUUAGUGGGAAGGCACUGAUCUUUUAAUUUGGUUUAUAGUAAUACUGAACAUAGAUACAGUAAUUUCUUCCAAAUUAAAUUAUGWAGUCAAGUCAUCUAAUAACUAUCCUCCAUAGUAGUUCAGUAAUAAUUAGUUGAUUCCAUUCUAUUUUCUGAUUCUGCCUGAUGAUGUAAGAAUUCCCCCCAGGAGGAGGAAGCUUUCGGAUUGCUUGAGAAUUUUAUAGCUAGGUCCCAUACCAGUCACAGUUGUCUUUUCCUUCCCCCUUCAGCAUGUACCAGAAUUCACAGCCUGAGAAAGGACAGAGAAAAUAAUGUCUGAUUUUGGCUAAUUUUCCAGUGGGUGUGUAGCUGUAUGGGCAUGGUAGCAAACAUAUGUGAAUUAGAAUUCUUUCCAGGCUUUUCUCACUUAAACCAGAGAUGAGGCAACUUUAGUAUCAAGGAGACAUCACCUGAAGAAAAAAACCCAAACAGUUGKUUUUUUUCUUGUUAUUUCCAGCAGGUGUAGAAAUCUAAACUAAUGUGUGUUUGCAAGAGCAAGAAGAAAGGUUGUCUUAGGUGUCAACUAGUGAGGUGUCCAGAUUAAUAAGAUAAAGCUUGUAGUGUGCUUCAGGAAGAGAAAUUAAAACUUGCCUUUCCUCAGAAAUGUAACUCUGGCAAAGAAUUUGAUAUUAAUAGCCCAUCAAUAGUUUCAGGUUAUUCAGAGAAAGAGCAUGAUAGCCAGAUAAGGCAGUAGAUUACUCUUUGCUUGCUAAAAAUUUGAGAAAUCAUAAAUUCAUGAGCAAACGUGCCCCACUGGGCCCUGGGACUGGGAGCUCUGCCUGCACACAGCAAGGCUUAGCCCUGCCAGGUGCAUCUUCCCCCCAAACC